UGGGAGAGUCUUCUCUUUCAACACUCAACAUUGAGCGACCAUAGCAGCCGUCGUGGCGGCUGCCUCUCACCCUCCCACGCCCCGCUUUCAAUAACUGACAGCGCACUGCUGAUGCGCUCAGCCGCCACCGCUCCCUGCUUCCUCACACCACCGCUGAGAGCUCGCAUUCUCACCGGGGCUUUCCUGUCAUUAUCACCGCGCAUCUCGCACACCCUGGACUUCAUAAUAAGCCACACAAUAGUACUUUUACCCUCCGUUUCUUAAUGACGGGCGGUCGGUUCGACUUUGACGAUGGUGGCACCUACUGCGGAGGCUGGGAGGACGGCAAAGCCCACGGCCAGGGUGUGUGCACCGGACCCAAGGGCCAGGGCGAGUACUCAGGCUCGUGGUCCAACGGUUUCGAGGUGGUUGGCAUCUACACCUGGCCCAGCGGCAACCUGUACCAGGGCUACUGGGCGCAAGGGAAACGCCACGGACUCGGCGUGGAAACCAAGGGGAGGUGGAUUUACCGGGGGGAGUGGACUCACGGGUUCAAGGGUCGGUACGGAGUCCGGCAGAGCCUGAACACACCGGCCAGGUACGAGGGCACCUGGAGUAACGGACUUCAGGACGGAUAUGGCGUGGAGACAUACGGUGAUGGAGGUACGUACCAGGGUCAGUGGACUGGUGGGAUGCGUCAUGGAUAUGGCGUGCGUCAAAGUGUUCCAUACGGUAUGGCCUCUGUCAUCCGCUCACCUCUACGAACUUCACUGUCUUCCCUCCGCAGUGAGCAGAGUAAUGGUACAGUACUGCGUGACAGCCUAUCUGACAGCCCUGCUGGUACACGAGGUGGCUUUGUACUCAACUUCCACUCAGACGGAGAAGGUUCAGAAAAAAAGAAGGGACUUUUUCGCCGUGGCUCCCUCUUUGGGAGCCUUCAGAGACUACGCAAAUCAGACUCACGCUCAUCGAUUUCCAGUAAACGCAGCUCAGCACACAGUGACACCACCAUGAGCCGCAUCAGUUCAAGCGAUGCCAACUCAACUAUCAGCUAUGGAGAUGGAGACUUGGGUGAUGACUACCUGCCUCUGGAGGACAAUGUGGAUGCCACCACCACUGAGUCUUAUAUGGGAGAGUGGAAAAAUGACAAGCGCAGUGGCUUUGGUGUCUCUGAGCGCUCCAAUGGCAUGAAGUACGAAGGCGAGUGGUUGAACAAUAAGCGCCAUGGCUAUGGCUGCACUGUCUUUCCUGAUGGCACCAAGGAAGAAGGGAAGUACAAGAACAAUGUGCUUGCCCGGGGCAUCAGAAAGCAGCUGAUCCCACUGAAGAACACCAAGACCAAACAGAAGGUGGAUCGAGCUAUGGAGGGAGCAGUGAGAGCAGCAGCUAUUGCCAGAACUAAAGUAGAGAUUGCCAUCUCCAGGACUGCCCAUGCCCGGGCCAAAGCAGAGGCUGCAGACCAGGCUGCACAGUCAGCCAGUCAGGAUUCAGAUAUUGCCAGAGCUGUGGCCAGAGAGCUCUCCCCUAGCUUCCAUCAGCCAGGUCCUGACUACAUACGGCAGAAGUAUACUGAGCCAGUAGAUGUGAAGGAGGGUGCUGAGGAGGAGAAACAGGAGAAAUCACCAUCAGGGAGUCCUCAUUUUUACCGGAAAGGCACAACACCCAACCAGUCUCCAUCUCAGAGCCCAGGUCCCAGCCCCAGUCCUUCACCCACUGUUAUUAAAAAGUCAUUUUUCAGCAGUAAAACUUCUGCCAGCAUUGCUCCAGCAAAGCCUACUGGGACAGAGAACAAAACCCAAACAGCUGAUUCUUUGACAGCAGGCAUAACAAAGGCAGCAUCAAAACUUUCUCUCAGACAGGAAGUGAGGCAACAGGAGGCUCUUCCAGCUGUCAAACCAGCUGUUACCACAACACUCAGCAGUUACCCCAGCAAUGGGCAGAUUCACUCCCAGUACCACGGUUACUAUGUCAAGGCAGAUGUCAAGAUUCCGCCUCCAGAGGAACCAAGUAGUGUGGAGGAUGACCUUCACCCAUCAAGCCUUGCACGCUUGCCACCACCUGCCAAACAGAUUUGGGCGCCAGCUCUAAAAUCCCUGCCAGCCCCCAACUCUUCACCAGAGAGCACCAAACCACCAGAACCUCUCAAGCCAAAAAAACAGGAAUCAACCAAACCAAAGAGCCUCGCAGAAACCAAGAAAGCUAGUGUGGAAAUACCCCCAGAAAUUGUAGAAGAGGAAUCAGGUCCGAACUCGAUCUUGGUGGCACUAGUGAUGCUGUUGAAUGUAGGUCUAGCUAUCAUUUUUGUCCAUUUCCUCACCUGACCAAAUCUGAACUCAGGAGGAGCUUGAUGAGGUUGUAACUUUCUGGAAUGACCAUUGUGUAAGAACAACCAACAAUCCUCAGGCUCCCACUGGUCGCCCUUCCAUAAUGCAUGCGGUCCCCAACCUUUAUGGGGCACCAAAUUUCCUGCAGCCAGUUGAUGAAAUGACGAUGGAAAUAUGUCGAGAGGACUGCUGUUUUAAAGACUAUCCUUGUGACGAGGAUGUGUUUCACUUAUGUAUGGAACUUAUGGCUGAGCACAACCUGGAAAUGUCUGAUGAUGUAUAUGCAAUUACUGACCUUUAUCUUAGACUUCGCCAAAUGAUUAAUGAUGGGCUGAGGGAGUAAAGUAGGCCUAUGGGCCAGAAACGCUUUGAGAACAAGUGUCAGUUAAAUAGAAUUACAUUUGUAGGCUACCAGUGUACAUAGACAUGCCCUGUAUUGUUUAUUGUACAUGGCAUCUGAAAUACAGGUACAAAUACAUUAGUGACACUGUCUUUAUACAAUAUACUGUAUGAGAAUUAUAGUAAAGUCAGAUGGAUUUGUUUCUUGCCCCAUUUCUAUAUAACCUUACAAGACCCACUAAAUGUAUUUGCUCUCAAUGCUUUUAGUAUAGUUUUAGUUUUGUAUUUGCAUUCUUGCCAACACAUGCUAAUUUAUUUUCAUUUUGGAACAAAAUGAUUGUGUAAAUGUUUUUGUGGCAUUCUUUUCCUUACCUUUCUAUAUAUUUUGGUUUGUGAUAAAAAAAAAAACAACAACAUUGCAUAGAUUAGUUUUAACAGCUAGUUCCAAGUUGAAGUCCACUGUGCUCCAGGCCCUAAGGAUUUUUGAUGUGUCAUGUGACUUUUUCUCUCCUUCUGACACACCAGAACAGCAGCCUCUUUGACCUCUUGAUUUACAAGUUAAGUGCUGUCUAUGUGCAUGUCAUGAAGUGUGUGUUACAUCCUCGGUAACAGUACAGUAGCUACAGCAUUUUUCUUAAUAUUGUUAAUGAAAUAACAUGACUACACAGUGCAGGAUAACAAUUGUAAUUGUGACAAAUACAACAACAUGGUCACAUCAAAAAACACAGUGGAACAUUCUUUAACAGAUGGCUCCUAAGAUAAGACAAGCAACAGAAUUGCUAUUUAUUAUGAACAUUAUUAAAGACUUGCACCAAGACUACUGUAUGU